ACUCCCAGGACUGAUGGGUAACACUGAAGUUAAACUUCCCAACCAAUCACGAAGGUAGCGAUGCUGAUGAGAGAAUCACCAUCUGGAAUGGGUGCACUGGCUGGCAGAACUAAUCUCCAGGACGGCCGGCAGGAAGUGCCACACAUGAUGAGGGAACCUCAUGAGAGCCAGAUACAGUACUGGGAGACUUGUGUUACCACAGCCUUUUCCAUGAUCUGACCCUGCACUGGAAGGCUAGAUGUAGGCUGAACAUGGCUGGCAUCAAGCCAUCGCUUUCUGAGCAAUGGCCAUGCAACAGCUUCAUUAACAGAAACCAUGCGCGCACACACCCCCCCCAAAGCAAAUCAAUUGGAAGUAAAGUACUUUGCUAUGAUAAUGACUGGGAGGAGAAUCAUAGUACUCAGCACUUCAGAACCUGUGCGCCUCCCACCCAUCAGUGAAUACAAUCCAGCCUCAUGACUCACCUUAAAAGUGUAUUUGUAUUAAAAUUUGCCUAAAAUGACGUGGCCUGAUUCUCAGAGUGCUGACCCCGUCGGUCCCUAGUGACCAUGAUGGCCCUUGAGUUUGGAAAUAUUGGCCUUUGCCUCCCUGGGUCUCAGAUUCCCUUUCUGGGAAAUGGGAUAAUAAUACUGCUGUCAUGCUUGGAAAGCACUUUGACAUCUAUGGAUGAAAAACCUUACAUGCGAUCAGUGCUACUGGCUGCUAUUAUGAUGAUGAUGACCCAAUGUGCAUGUGCAAAUUGGGGGGUUGGCUACAUACUAGCCAUGCACAGCACAAAUCUCUGCUGUUUGUGUUCAGUUCUGGUAGCACACACGCAAAGCAGUUGUGCAAUCGAACAUGCAUCUACUUGCUGAAAAUCAGCUCCCCUGUGCAGAGCUUUUUUUCCUGAACAAUGUGCAGUGCAUGUACCAGUAACACAUACCAUUCAGUACCAGGGAAGGGGUGCAAAGUACAAAGUGACAGCUCCUGAUGUGUAUCCCCCCUGUAUUAAAGCCUCCAUGGGCAGAUUGGGCUCAAUACAGCACUGAAAAUACCCAUAACAUGCAUUGUGUUGCUGGUCUAGCAUGGCAUGAGAAACAGACAUUCUCAGACAUCUUGGCUUCUGUGCCCCCCAGAUGUGUAUUUGGAGAAAUACCAAAAAAACCGCAUGUCUGUUGGGAAUUAUUGCUUCUGCAGGGUUCAUGGCGUGAAAGGCAUGUGCUGUCCUGAGAUUGGUGCUUCAGGCAGACGACGUGUUCAUGAGCAAGUGGCCAUCUCGUCUGUGUUUGCUGACUGGCUGGCUAUCAUUAAUUGCUUGUGAUGGUUGCAUUUUUUUAUAAUUACCACUGAGAAACUUGUUUGGUUUGGAACAAGAUGCAACAUCUGCAUUCCACUCUUAGCACAGGACCUGGCCCAGCAGGUUGCUCCCUGGCUGACAGACAAGCUGAGGUGAGAGCAGAAGCCUGCCUGGGUGUCAGUACAUGAGGAAGUAUUUCUGCAAUCAGUUACUGGCAGGGAGAAGGAAGAGCCUAUUAAUUCUUGAAUCCAUCUGGAAGGGACAAGCCAGAGGCUGAGAAUCACAACUGCAUGAAAACUUGUCCGCAGCCAAAAAAACUGAGAGCAGGGAUAGCUGAACACUGCCUCUUCCCCCAGAGGGGAGGGAUGUUCAGCAGGAAGUGACGACCAACGCAGACUCAGGUAGGGUUGCCCACAGUGUAUUUCAAAAGCAAGGGACUGUUCUCUUAGCAGCCCUUCCGCAGGACUCACCUACAUUGGCCUGGGGUAUAUCUUGCUGCUUUUUGCAGGACUCAGCAACUCCCAAUCUUGUUGUGCAGAGAUGAAGAAAUAAGGGACGUCCCUUCUCUUAAGGAACUGUUGGCAACCCUAGAGAAGAAGUGACAAAGUGCACUGAGCUCUCAAGUCCCAGAGCCCCAGAGGAGCCCAUUGUGAAAGAGCUGAGGAAAAUCAGAGAGAGACAAAGUGUUGGAAGAGAGGGCCAGCGCCAGCUGCCAAAGAACACAACGGGCAGAUCCUCUGGAGGAUUAGUAUCAACAGCUGUAGUCAUGUUCAGCCACCAUGUUCAGGCCGGGUCCCGGUUCCAGAGGGGCUCUGGGGACAGCCCUGGCGUGUCUGGACCGCUGCAGAGUAGGUUGGAGGAGUUGAAGAAGCUGUGGUGGAGGAAGCCCAUCCCCCUGGUGCUGCAGCACAGUGAGACAGCCAGACUGGCUGUGGAUGCCUUUCUGCAGCAGGGGGAGUCUGGGUAUCUGCAAACCAUUGCUGAGGAACAGGAGCUGCCAUUUCUCUCCCCCCUAGACAUGGACUACAUGAGCCAGCAUAGAAGCCAGAGUAUCCUGGAGCCUAAUGCAAGGAAGGGGCACCAGACCAAGCCCAAAGAGGGAGACUCUGAGGACAGGGCCUCCCUUCUCUCUGAACUAAGCUCUGGUACCUACUUCCCACUCUUGUCUGACAUGCAGCCUCCAGAGCUGGAGUUGGGCUGGCCAGUGAUACCACUUGCCACAGGGUAUGGCCAAACUCAAGCCAGUGUGUAUUUCCAGAGAAACAAGGCCAACAGCAUCAAGGAUUUACUCCGGUGCCUGAUCAGCAGGGCAAAAACGGUGAUAGCAGUCGUCAUGGAUCUCUUCACAGACAUGGAGAUAUUCUGUGACCUGAUGGAAGCUUCAAGCAGACGACGUGUCUCUGUUUACUUGAUCCUUGAUGAGAAGUACUUGAAGUAUUUUAUAGAGAUGUGCAGUAAAAUGUGUCUUAACAAGGACCAUUUCCCAAACAUUCGAGUGCGGUGUGUGAGUGGAGACGCAUAUUACAGUAAAGGAGGCAAGAAAUUUGAAGGUCAAGUCUUGGAGAAGUUUGUACUGAUAGAUUGUGACCAUGUUCUUGCUGGUACAUACAGUUUUACUUGGCUUUGCAGUCAAGUUCACACCUGCUUGGUGACACACUUCCGAGGCAAAAUCGUUGAGGACUUUGACAGAGAAUUCCAAAGCUUGUAUGUAGAAUCCAAACCUGUGCCUGGUUUCUGUAUCCCCGAGGCUGGAACAAGCUCCACUUCACCUCACAGCUCAGCAGGGAACUUCCAGUCUCUCUUAACAUCUGCCCAAAUGAAUGAAGCUGAAACCGCAAGCCAUGCAAGCAGUCUCUCAAAUUCAAGCAUUGACAGCGUAAAGGUGUCUCCUUUUCUGAAGAACUCCACCUACAGUGUACUCCAUGAAAAGCAAGACUUGGGUCCAGGUUUCACCAGUGAAAAGAGAAAGGAAGCCAUUGGCUCCAUGAAGCCAAGUGACUCCAAGCAGCAUUCGGAAACGUCAAACUCUAGCCACAGCACUUCAGCUAACUUCAAAUCUGCCUUAUAUGACAAGCCUAAUCCUAUGUCACACCAGGCAUCCUUGCAGCCGGUGUCUUUCCCCAUACUAAGCUGCAGUGAACCUAGUCAUAUAGAAAAGAAGGCAUUGGCUAAAAUGAAAAAUGACCAAUUGCUCCAUCACUCUGCCAUCAGACAGGGACCAAACUUACAGUCCUCCUCUGAGAACACUGGUACAAAUGAGGCAGAUAACAAGCAGAAAGCGCCCAGUGAUGUUUCAAGUGGAAACGCAGUAGAAAGCAGCAGCAAAAUCUGCAGGAAUGAGAGAACGAUGACUCUUGGACAUAGUAAACUGGACCUGAUUAUCCAAUACAACCAGUUAAAAAGGGAGCAGACAGCUGCAGUCCCAAGCUCUGCUAGACUCGGUGAUGAAGUGCCAAAGGAAAAUAGCUGCACUAUACACAGGGAUGAGAAAACACUGACUCUUGGACACAGUAAACUGGAUCUGAUCACAAGCUAUAACAAAUCAAAAUCUAAGCAAAUAUUGAGUCGAUUUGGGCCCUAACCUGUUCUCUCUUGUUCUAGGGUGUGUCUACACUUAGUGCUGCAGCAGCGCACUUGCACUGGCCCAGCUGCGCCGUGGUAGCACUUGGUGAAGAUGCUACCUACUCUGACGGGAGAGCGUCUCCUGGCGGCACAGGUACUCCACCCCUGCAGUUGUGUCGACAGGAGAAGCCCUUCCACUGACAUAGCGCUGUCUACGCUGGGGGUUAGGUUAGUGUAAUGACAUCACUCAGGAGUGUGGGUUUUCCACACCCCUGAGCGACUUAGUUACACUGAUAUAAAUUUGUAGCGUAAACCAGGGCCUAGUAAUCUCAUUCCCAGAGUUACCAUAAUUUUUUUCUGAUAGUUUUAUCUCAUGUCAGUUUGAAAACAAAUACAAAACACAGAGUAACGUGAAAUAGUCCGGGCUUUCCCAUUCCUUUAGCACUUAUUAAAAAAGACCAUUUUACUACAAGCUUUAUUUUAAAAAUAAUCCUGUGAUGUCUAUAUAGUUCUUUGACUGGUUCUUGGUGAUUUAACGAAGGUUCUUUUUAAAAUAAGAGGAGUGUUUAAAGAUUUUCUUUUCCUAUAUCAAUUUUGUUGACCGCUGACCUGAUAUUAUGACUAAUGCUACGAUUUUAUCACAGAACUCUUGGAAUCCGUGGCUUCCAGAGACCUCUGUGACUUAAAGUCCUGCAAGUGGUACGGGACCCCCCUGCAGCUGAGCUCCCCAUUUUGUCACGGAUAUAUUUAGUAAAAGUCAUGGAGAGGUCACUGCUUCCGUGAAUUUUUCUUUAUUGCCCAUGACCUGUCCGUGCCUUUUUUCUAGUGACAAAAUCUUAGCCAUAUUUAUGACUUAUGAGCCUGUCUCAUGUCUCUUGGGUGAUUUUAUGCUUGCUAGAGGCAAAAUGACAUAAUAGGAGCAUAAGAUUGUAUGUAUGUGGGUGUAUGGCUUGUUAGCGUGGAACAUGCAUGGGGGCAAAUAGGUGAACAAAAGUAUAUGGGUUAUUAAGCUUGCUAAAAUGUAAGGGCCUAUCAUAUUAGGUUAAGGCUUUGUGGAAGUAAUUAUAUUAAAGGCUGAAGUGCAGCUGAAAUGAGAGAAAUCUAAGAAGAUAAUGGCGGGUCAAAUAUUUUUUACUUUCAUUCUGAAACACAAUCAAGUAACCCCAAACAGGUCCAGUACUCCACAGAACUCCACAGGAAGGGAGUUUGGGGGGCUUUAGCAAUUAAGUUGCUAUGCAUCAUCUAAGCAGUUAGACUGCUUGUACAUAUAGGAAUUAUUAAUAAAUACGUGAUGUAAGAGAGGAAUAUCAAUGCUUGAGGUAUAAUUAAGGACACUCCAAAGGCCAUGUAUGGUUAGGGACUGCUAUUGACCUUUUUAUAAUCAGGAUAAAGCAUGAAAUCAUAUAUAUCUGUACUAUCACCAUAAGAAAGGGUAUAAAAUGCCACCCUCAGUUCCCAUUUCUUGGGGUGCGUCAGGUCCCCAAGCCUGUGUAAACUUAAUCAGGAUCUCCUUUCUGAUGGGCUCCACUUAUGUUCCCUUCCAUCUUUGUUUCCAAUGGUCUCCAUACGUUGUAAAUAUGCACAAUGCAAGCCUGUAAGUUGGAGCAAUGCAGGAAACCACUUUACUGUACUUACCUUAUUCUAAUCUUAGUGUAUAUUGAUCCUUUCCUAUAAGUUCAAUUAUAGUUGUUUGUACUAAAUAAAGUUUGUUUCACC